AUGUCUCAGGAGUUACCUCCCAAUGUGAAUGACAAGAACAAGAGGCAGUCGAAAAGCCCGUAUGACCCCCUAGUUUGGGCCCUGGGGGAGAUGCCAGAGGUGGCAUCGACGUCGGUAUGCCUACCUAUUGUUUACCGAUUUUCCGUUUCAGGUAUCAGAAGGGGAGGCCAACGACUCCAGCUCAACCAUACCAGGUCGUGCGUCUCCAGUUCAUACGGGUAAGCUUCAAACAUCUGUAUGCGAUUUGCGUAGGUCAUAGGCGUCUUUUUAAUACACCAAGGCGAAGUGGACCCUCAGGACCUCAGCAACCUCGCCGGCGACGCCGGGCUAGUAUGAGGCAGGGCCUUCGUUGGUUGAUGCAUUCCGUCGCCAUGCUAAUUGGCCAGGUGUCUGAGUUACGUCAACAGCAAGUAGCAAUUAUGAACCCCAACCACGGCCACGGUUGCAUGUCCAGCAGCCCUUGUGAGUCCACCAGAUUCAAGUUGAGUCCGGUAGGCACUCCGGAGCAGCUGGACGCCCUCACUAUUGCCCUGGGCGAAGAUGCUUAUCGCCACCAACUGGUAUGUUAUGUAACUUACUUGUUUAUUACUUUCCUAGGUGACGUACCCCUGCUCUCUUGGUGGGGACACCGUUGUGCCUUUCGUUGACAGAGUUUUCGGAGCACUGUUUUCCGAAGAAAUUACCUCGUUUGUCACCUUCUAUGGUCGAUAA